CAUUUUCCAAGCUGGUUUGUUGUGUUAUUUUUCGCGUUAGGAUUGUACUUACGCGAACGUUCAUUCUUGAUUUUUCGGUUGUUCUAGAGGUUGCGAAAUGAAAUACUUAUGAUUAUUCGCUAUUGUCUAUUGUGUUGACGGGUGGUAUGCUAUACACACUGACUGUUGCAGCUUGUAGGUAGCCGUGUCGAGAGGAAAUACGGAUGUCAUUACAGAUAUUUAUUUAUUCUCCGAUCUGUGCCAGUUAUAAAGCCAUAAAAUACAGUAGAUUGAUCCAUCCAUAUAACCGUUCGACAUUUUACUGGAAGGGCAGGCUCCGCCACAAAAUAUCGAGCGCAUCUUAUGGGAAGGGUACGUGACGCUUCCUGACUCAUCGUUUACCAACUGCUUUUGCUAAUGCUCUCCAGAACAGCAACGCAGCAUUAAUCAGCGGAUUAAUCAGCGGAUAAUAUUUCUCGGAGAACAUCAUGUCGAGCUUGAGUAAUUUGCCGAGGGCGAUUACGCAGAAGAUCAUUCGGCCCAAUCCACUUCAAGCCGAACGGGAAGAAUAUGAGCGGAUUCAGAUGACUGCCCUGCAAAAGGCCGUCAAUCCAGAGGAAGUACCGGCCAAAGAAAAGCACAUUCGCACAUUGAUUAUCGGCACUUUUCAAGAAAAGGGUGCGCAUACGUUCUGGACCUUCAUUAAUUCGCGUAUCCCCGUGCAAGGGAAUCCCGUAGUGGCGUGGAAAUUUUGUUAUGUCCUGCAUAGAAUCCUGCGUGACGCUCAUCCAAGUUCUCUGAAAGAAGCCUAUGUGCACCGGCAGUUUGUAGGAGACGUGGGUCGAUUAUGGGGCCAUCUCAAGCUUGGAUAUGGUCCGCUGAUCACUAAGUAUUGCGAACUACUAACGGUCAAACUGGAUUUCCACAAUAAGAAUCCCAGAUUCCCAGGAAAUUUACAGAUCAGCAACGAUGAACUGGGCAGAGUGGCCGAGAAUGACGUGAAUAACUAUUUCCAGUUAUCAGUGGAAAUGUUUGACUACAUGGAGCAAAUUCUCGAUUUGGCCAAUGUCAUGUUUGGGCAGUUCGAUAUGAGCCGGGCUAAUUCCAUGACAAAUGCCGGACAAUGCCGGUUGAUUGUUCUCAUUCCUUGCAUCAUGGAUUCCUGUCAGCUUUAUGACUUCAUCGUCAAGAUGAUGUUUCGACUACAUUCCUCACUGCCUCAGGACGUCUUGUCGGGACACAGGGAACGAUUCAACAAACAAUUCAAGCUGUUGCAGCAGCUGUACUACUCCUCCAGCAAUUUACAGUUUUUCAAAAAUCUGCUGCAAAUUCCAUCGCUACCGGAAAAACCACCUAAUUUUUUUUCGGCAAGUGCCAUUAAUCAGCACGUCACACCUGUAGCUAAGGUACAGGAAACCAAAGAAGCUGAAGGUGAUCAAAGCGGAGGAUUCCUUGUGGAUACUGCAAGCUCUGUGGUUUCGUUUGACGAUCGGGACAAUGAUUUUCGUACAGAACCUCUAGCCAUGGUGACCACUACGAAAACCAAUGGUCAUCACAACCACAAUGGCUUCGGCGAUAAUUUCGGUGUUCCCCAAGCAGAAAUUGUGGAACGAGACCGCAUGAUCGAUGAGUUACUGCAGCGGAUUGAAAGUUUAGAAAAGGCAACUGAUCGGAUUAAAUCCGAUGAUCUGAUUGUCAUCGAUGAUCUCCGCAAUCGGAUUGUCGAACUGGAACGUGAUUUUGAAGAACUGAGAGCGCAGCACGAAACUGAAAAGGCACAACUGCUUCUACAAAUCGAAGAGUCAACGAGAAAUCCACAAGUCAUGGCAAAUUAUGCAGAAAUGGACAGACGAUCCAAAGUUGCUGACGAAAAAUUCAAGAAAAUGCGUGAUAUUUACAAUGAAUUACGAGAGAAGCAUUUGGUUUUGCUGCGAGCAAAUGGCGAGACGGAGAAGCAAUGUAAGAACCUGAAAAAGAAUUUGGAGGAUACCGAAAAACAGAAAAACGAACUGAAUAUUCAAGUGAUGAAUUUUAAUAUGGAGAAAGAGCAGUUAACGAAAAGUUUGAAUUCCACUUCCAGCGACGCGCAACGGGAAAUCAGUGAAAAAACAUCGGCGGUUCAGAAUCUGGAGAGGCGGCUUGCGGAUUUGGAUGCGGAAUUGAGUUCACUGCGAGAUUCACGAGAAAGCCUCCACCGGGAAAAUCAGGCCGCUCUGCAGCGUUAUACCGAACUGCAAGAGCAGCUCAAGCUCUCUGAAGCGGAUCUGGAGGAUUUAAAUUUCCAACACAAUCUGCAGAAAAAAGCUUUGCGGCAAAGUUUACUUAAUGUGAUAUCUGCGUCGGCUGUAGAAGAAAUUCAACAUGCUGUGCACACAUGGGAACAGCCCGCUUUCACUACAUUAACCGCCACACCUGAGUUUUUGCUGGUCUGUAUUGAUCCUGCAAUUGAGCAUAUUCAGCAGCUGAAGAAAGCUGUUGAGAAGGAUGAUGAGAGAAUGCUGGAAUUAGCCAAAGAGUUACAGUUAACAUUCCAUUUUCUAUCUCACUGUCUUAUCCAAUGCAUGGCCACAUCCCACAUGGCUCCCAUUGACCUCACCGAUGAGUUUUCGGCACUGGCCAAAGAAAUAAGCGAGCAUUCCGUAGAUUAUCUUGACCGCUUCCGUGAUAGUCCACAGGAUGCCGAUCCUAUUUUGGCCACUCUGGAACAGAACCUAGAGGUUCUGCAGCAGCUGUCCACUGUUCUCAUUCCUAAAGUAGAGGACAUCAAAGUGGACGAAGUGGCCGACAUGGUAGAGAAAGAGCUGCACGAUAUGGAUAAAGCCAUUGAGGAGGCGGCCUUGAAGAUCGAAGAGAUGCUGGUUAAUUCUCGCUCGCAGGAUUCUGGCAUCAAGCUGCAAGUGAACGCCAAAAUCCUUGAUUCAUGCACUACGCUGAUGGCGGCCAUACGGGUCCUGGUUAGGAAAUCACGAACUUUACAGCAGGAGAUUGUAGCUGCCGGGAAAGGUUUCUCAUCUCCGAAGGAAUUCUACAAGAAGAAUCAUCGGUGGACGGAGGGACUAUUGUCGGCCGCGAAAACUGUUGGACUUGGCGCGAAUGUUUUGCUGGAAGCCGCUGACAAAGUGGUGAGUGGGAAAGGCAAGUUCGAAGAACUUGUGGUGGCGUCUCAAGAAAUAUCAGCAGGGACCGUGCAGUUAGUGGUGUCGUCAAAAGUCAAAGCGGAUAAGAACAGCCAAACAUUGGCAGAAUUAUCCAUGGCCAGCAAAUCUGUUACUCAGGCUACGGCAACUGUCGUGGCAUCGGCUAAGGACUGCGCACAACUCAUUGAAGAAAAGAGCGAUUUAGAUUUUUCCGCAUUAUCUAUCCAUAAAAUUAAGAAAAUUGAAAUGGAAUCCCAGGUGCGAGUACUGGAACUGGAAACGGAAUUAACGCGUGAACGUGAAAAACUGAGCGCUAUUCGGCGCCAACAUUACUCCAUGGCCGGUCAAGAAGGACAAGUGUCAUAGACGGCCGCUUUAUCUUGUUCGCACUCCUGCUUCUUUUGAAGUUUUUUUCCGGUGUACACUGAAGGAUAAACGCAAAGUCUGUUGAGCAUACUUUUAUGUGAUUAUACAUUGGUUGGCUGUUGCUGUGUGGUUGUUCGGGAUUUGACAAUUCUUUUAUUUUGUUCUGUUUUAAAAUUUUACAAAUGGGGGUGUACUCAUAUACCAGUGUGCGUGCAGGUAGCGCUGACUAUGACAAACCAAAUUCGGCAAGUAAUGCUUUGCAAUAUUUGUUCCAGGUUUAAUCAAUUAUGGGACAGUUGACAGUGGCAGAUAUAAAGGCUGUAUUAUG